CCAGGACGGCCGUUAUGUUAAUAAGGGGGCAGCCUCAGCCAAUAGGACGUCCCAGCAGCCCCCUAGCUCCUGCCCAAACUCACUCAUUCAGGGGCAGAUCUAGAGUCACCUGCUUUUUACCACUAUUGGCCUGUGCCCAGGACUGACUACUCAGAGUCAAUGGUGCCAGGUCGGAGUCUUGGGUGGCAGAGGUGGCUGGGGGGCUUCCUGAUCCUGGCGGUGCUGGGUCUGUCCGUGGCCCUGGUCAUCUUUGUUGUCAAGGCCAACAGCAAAGCCUGCAAGGAUGGCCUCCUAGCAGAGGAGGAGUGUCACGGUGUCACCCGCCUCCUGGAGAUCCAGCUAACCCAAGCCUGGGAAGGCUUACUGAGGAACGAGGUCCAGGCUGCCACCUGCAACGAGACUAUGGUAACCCUGUUGGCUUCCCUGGAGAUGGAGAAGGCCCAGAGCCAGGAGUGGCUCGCGAAAGGGGAGGAGCUUCGGGGAGAGAUCGAGGAGUUGAAGCACAAGCUGCAGAACGCUUCGGUGGAGGUGGAAAGACUGAGAAAAGGGACUGAGACCUCGAGCAAGAAAAAGGAAAUCGCGUCUGCCAGCUCCUUGAAAGCGCUCAGCCCCUUGGUGGUCUCUGUGCACCUGCUCCUGGCCUUCGUUGCUCUGCUGGCUUGAGGUCCCUGCGGGCCACAGUCUGGACUGGUCCGUUCCUGCUCUGCUUUUCCCUUGGAGGCUUGACCUGACCUGACCGGUUCUGAAGAGGCCACGCUGUGGCACAGUCAAGGGAAGGGGGGGGGGGCGGGGGGGGGGCAGGCAGCAGCUGGAGGUACACGGAGAAGCCUUGAGGUUGGACAAGCAGGGGAGCUGGCCCAGGGCUGCCUCCCCCUCGGGCCUCCCCGCCCCCUCCCCCUUGCAGCGCUGGGCAGGGCAUGGGAUGGGGAGACCUGCUUCUUGCUGUCACGGUUUCUGGAAGCUCACUGUCCUCUGAGGUCUUUGACCUCCUUAAAAAGUAAACACCCCUUCCGGGGAGAAAGACAUUGCU